AUGUCCAUCUUUGGCGUCUCAUCCUACUUUCUGUGGACGCAGAAGGGGCAGACAGUGCUGCCACUUGUGCGAGGGAGUGGCUUUCUCAUGUCCUUUCAACAGCUGAACACCUUCUACAGCUAUCACAUCAUGUCCGCUGCCCACGUCACAUGCCCAGUCAAGCACCGGAAGCUGUACGGGGACACCAUUGGGCUCAAGGCAAUUGGAGAGCGGCACAUCAGCACCCGCUUGCUCAUACCAGACGAAGCCACGCACAGGGUGCAGUCAUCUUUCGAGCUGGAGUUUAGACAGGAGCACAUGCCUAACACCGAUGUUGCCUCACUGCGUCUGUGCAAUGAGGAGCAGCUUAAAAAAGCGAUGCUGCCACGACAGGACAGCAGCACCGGCGCCGCAUCUCCGCUGCAGGUGAUCCAGCCAGAUCUGGACCGGAUAGAGGAGGGGGAUGAGCUGAUCCUGUGCGGCGUCCACACGGAGGAGGAGCGCGCCAACCCGAACGACGACGGGCUGGUGCUUACCCCGAUGCGUUUGAUGGCCACGUGCAAGGCGGCCCUCUUGUCGCUGGACUACGGUACCGUUCUGUUGGCCUCCAUCGAUGGCCCAGCCGAGGAGACAAGAGAGAGCGGCAGCGGUGGCGCAGCUUCUGCCAGAAGGCCAGUCACAGUGCCGCCACUUCCGUUGAGUAUGUGCGGCGGCCCCGUGCUGCGCCGCUCCUCUGGAAGGUGUGUUGGCGUGAUUGCGGCGCGGGUUAUGAAAAACGCACCACCGCGGGAUCUCCAAACCACCUCGCUCUACCAGGACCCGUAUCUGGACAUCUCCGAGCACAUCGCCUUGCAUGCGCACUGGCCGCUGGAUAUCGCGUUUGUGCCCAUUGGUGAGUUCUACGACUCCCUCCGCCGCUGCGAGAUGUAG